CGUCUUUCAUACCCCCAGUGUGGGAGAUUAUCUGAGGUUUGCUAAAAUGGCAGAAUCAAGCAGAUCGUUAUCAGCAUGUCUACGCUGCCGCAGGAAGAAGCUCAAAUGCGGGGGACCUAAUCAAAACCCAUGCCAAAGAUGCCGAGCUAGCAGGUCAGAGUGUGUAUUUGUUUCUCCCAAGCCCAUCCGGGGCAGUCAUAGUGCUUCAACCUCGGGACCAGAUGGUAAUCUCAGGUAAGAUUGCUUCUGCCGCUUCCCGUGAAAUGCUCAUUGUUUAGCGAGAAGCUCGUACUCCUGGAGCAAAGAUUCGAGGCCAUGGAAGCACGCCAUGAGGCUCAAAUGCAGCAGAUGCAGAACACAUUGGCCCAGUUGGCCGCGCUGCAGCCAGUACCACAGCCCACUGUGACUCAGUCGGAACCACUCUGUGCAGGCGAUAUAGUCGCGCGCGGCAUCGUGAGUGAAAGCGAAUGGGAGGAGCUCUAUGACUUCUUCUACGAAAAUUGCAGAACUGUGGUGGGUUUCAUGGAUGAUCAGAUUUACCAUCCCAAAGGACUUGUUAGGCAGCAUCCCCUGAUGUCCACAGUGAUUUGCGCCGUCGCUGCCCGAGCGAUCAAGCCCGAAAAAUACCAGAGCUACUUAGCUGAAGCCGAUGAGCUGGUGAAGAAUACAUUUGUCGGUCCAAGUCCCGAUAUUCAGGCCGUCAGGGCAAUGAUGCUUCUGGGUGCAUUGGCCGGUCGGUCUCGGCUUUGGGGUUACGUGGCAUCCCUGGCUGCAGAACUAGGACUCAACACGGCCGCCUUAAAGUUGGGUGAAGACGAUACCGAGCACACAUUCAGUCUUGUUGAACGAGCAAGAACAUGGUUUACAUUGUGCUGCUUUGAUCUGACGAUGCACCUGAACCGACCGUUUGUUAUCAACAGAAUGAGAGAAUAUCUCCCCUUUGCUAAGAAAUUACUCGCAUCCCCGUAUUGUCGGCCAGUCGACCAUCGAAUUUGCGCCUACAUCGUGGGUUUCACCACCCCUGCCGACGCAAAGACACGACUUACCAAAGCCCAGCUUCAAUUGAAUCCUCUCGGAGCGGCGCAAACAGACCUCUUGACAUCGUUUGAUCGGAGCAUUGACGAAUGGUUCUACAGGAUCAACAAUAUCAUUGAACCCCAGUACCAGACUUUUUCUGACAAGCAGGACCGAAACAGGUUUAUAAUCCCGUAUACAUUUAUGAAAAUGUACAUCAAUGGGUUUGCCUUACAUGGGCUAGAACCAGCCGAACGUCCAGAUCCCAACCGAUUAGUAUUCAUACAAAAAGCACUGAAGCAUGCCACUCUUCUAAUACGGAGCCAAUUCGAGUCUGAUAAAAUUCGUCGUCAAUUCCAAUACACAAUAGACUAUCACGGCUCCUCAACCUACCAGGCAAUCAGCUUUAUACUCAAGGCUAUACCCGCAACUCAUCAGUACCUUCAAUGCGGAGACUCAAUAAGAGCACUCCACCAGGCUGCUCAGAUGUUCCAGGAAGCAGGUGCUACAGAGGCUGCGCGAGAUAUUCAACGGGAACAGAAGAAGAUGGCCUUGCUCACGCAGACGGUCGUGUCCCCUAGCGGGGCUGCCGUCGACUUGGCAACAGCCGAUGGAGGAAGGAACACUGAUAUACCGACUUCUCUGGACACUGCUACGUGGUAUGAACCUUUUCCGAUGCUUGGUUUGUUUGCACUUGACUAGGUCUACCUUUGCGGCCGUAUGCAUUAAUUAGCCUGUCUACAUAUGCAACUUCAAGUCAAAGGGUGUAUUUCUAGCCCUGCAG